AUGGGUUAUGAGACUUACUGGAGUGUUUUCUGGCAAAACACUACCACCUCAUCAGAUUUCUUCAGUGAGCAUGACGAGCUUUCCCACUACGCUCCCAUCUUAGGAGUGAUGGCUACGAACAGCACCACAAGCUGGAGAAGACCGCUGUCAAUUGAUGCCGAAUGGAAAGGAAAGAGUAAUUUCAGAGACAUCAUGAUGAACCAUCUGAACACAUACUGGGGCGGUUGGCUUGCUUUUGGGGAACAGAAUCCAAAGGCUCCGCAGAAGUAUACCGAGUUCCCAACUCAAGCCACGACAGGGAUGACAGGGUUGGAAAUGGACGCUGUCUGCAGGUUGAGGGCCAAAGAGAGUUGUAUCAAUGCCUCUUCUACAGAUGACGGAGAGUGGUGUUACAUUCCUGCUUUUAAGGACCUAGCUCCGGGGGGACCUCUUCGAAGCAACAGGGACCUCCUGCUGAUCUCAGAUCAUAGGCCUUCAACUACGGAGCCAUCACGACCCUUGAUCUACCACGAACAUUGGCUCGAUACUUUACAUAUGUACAACUACGACACAAAAAGAGGCGCACUUGUGAAUCUUAAAAACCAAACAGUCAGUGAUCUAAAGACACCAGAUUACAGCACUCCACGGUUCUCUCGGGGGGAAACGAUCAAUUCAAAGUUGAAGAAUUGGGAGGCUGCUGUUGUACAGUCUUUUACAUUUUUUACUGGCCCAAUCUGGAUAAGUAGUAAUGAUUGGGCCUGUCACAUAAACCAUAUGGACAUAUCCGAGUUUAACCCGCCUCCGGAGAACCCGGUGCUAUCGCCUCAAAGCUAUAUAGAAGCUGGGAUGGUCAAGAUUGCUGUCGGUGGUUCAUGGUUCAAUAUGCUCCUCGACACAGAUCCAAGUAAAACCCAGUACCAAUCGAAAUUCUCCCAAGAGACCAUUCCCCCGGCCAUCAAAGAGACCUAUCCCGGACCACUACGCAGCUAUAGUUCAUCUUUAUACGAGCCUCUCGCCCUCUACCGUUUUGGAUAUGGUCGGAUCAUUAUGGCAGCUGCGACAGGGUGUAUUGUUAUCUCAUGGGGGAGCAUUCCCGAGUAUGUUGCCUUGUGUGUUGGCAGUCUGCCUCCGACUGAGGGAAUCAAAAACACCUGUGCGGGCAUUCAGAAAGCGGAGACACUACAGCGCAGGGUGAGGAUUGGGGAAACUGUCAACCAACGUUUAGAGAUAGCAGUGAUAGGAAGCGGUGACGAAUUGAACAUGAUGGAUGUGAAGAAGAGGAGGAAGUAUGGAGAUUUGUACUAA